AUGAAUCAUAGUGAUUAAGAAACUAUGAAGAAAAACACUGUGGUAAACCUUGAUAAACUUUUAGAAGACUUCUCAGAGAUAGAAAAGAAAAUAUCAGAAAUUAAUGAAGCAAAUAACCUACUGAUUCAUCAGUUGGAAAAAUGUAACAGAUUGCUAACAUUAAGCCAAUCAAAGGAGGAAUCAAUAAAAGAGGAAUGCAGCACUCUACAGAAUGUGAUAAAGGGUCUCACACAAACUAUUGAAAACCAGUGUAAUGUGAAAGAUGAAAAUGAUAGACUGAAGGGUACCAUUCACAUCUUGGAAGAUAAAUUAAAGACUUGUGAAGAGGAGUAUAAAGACCAAAUUCAGAAACUCAUGAGAGAAAUUAAAAACAAAGAGGAAGACCACAAAUUAGAAAUAACACAGUUGAAUUGCGAUAUAAGGAAAAAAUUUGAAGUAAAAGAAACGGAGUUUAGAGAACAGAGAGAGAAAAAAGAACUGGAAAUAUUAGAACUAACUAGACAGCUGAAAAUUCAAAAUGAAGAGAAGCAGAAUGAAAUAAUUAAACUGCAGAUAGAGUUCAAUGCUAAAUUGGCAAGAGCUCAGGAUAAAACCACCAAGUCAUUUUCAGAGGCUUCAGUCUUGCCACAAAGUAUCUAUCGAAGGAAGCUGCAGCAUCUCCAGGAAGAGAAAAACAAGGAAAUUGAAGUUCUCCGAAACACCAUAAGAGACUUGGAGCAACGUCUUAACAAAGGUGAAGACCUGCCCUUCAAACGGAGGCGAUUCUGGACAAAUUGCAUGAAGCAUUUCGGUGUUUCAAACUGUGCAUCUCAAAAUGAACACAAUACAUGAAGAAAGUAUUUUUUAUUGAAAACACUAUUUUCAAACAUUCCAAAGGCAUGCAUUCUGUGUUUAUUCAGAGCUACUCUCUUGCUAAUCAGCAUUCACAAUAAAAAGAUUCAGGUUUUGUAGGAGUAGUAAUUUCCCUAUUAAACCAUCAUUAAUUAUUGUGUAUACUUUCAUAGCAGUUUUCUUUUUAUGAAUAUUCUCUUCUUCAUCCGGGAAUCCUUCUAACAAUGGAUUUACUUCCAUUCCAUUAAUCAAACAUUAGCAAUGCUAGGCUACAGACAGAUUAGUUACACAGGUUUAAGUGGUAUAUUAUGUUACUAAUUGAUACAGAUUUAUCAAAUUCGGCACUGUUAUAAA